AUGGUCCAGCUUGCAAAAUACAUCGCCAUUGCAGCUGCCUGCUUGGCUGCCCCUGCCAUCGCCCACCCGGGCGAAAAGCAUGACCCCCAUGUCCUCAAGCGGGAGAUCCACACCCGCGAUGCCAUGGCGUCUCACGCCAAGCGCUCUCUUGGUGGUUGUGAAAGCAGCCUACAUGCGCGAGAGCUGAACAGACGUAGCAUCGCGCGUCGCUCACGUACCGUCCAACAGCUUCGUCAGAAGCGUGGCAUCACUGCUGCGCCCCAGAAACAGCGUCGUGACCUGGCUGCGCUCAAGAAAUGGGAGGCAGUUGACCAUAACCGCACCGGGAUCCUGGACUACAGCUCUGCCACGCCGGAGUCUGUCAUUUUUGCCGCCAAUACAAGCUGCAUCCUGUCGCCAACGGUCACCGACGGCCCCUAUUAUGUCUGGGGUGAAGUAGUGCGCCAGAACGUGAAGGAAGACCUAUACUCCGAUGGUGUGGAUGUUUUCCUCGAGGUGCAAUACAUCGACAUCAACACCUGUAAGCCUGUUCCAGGUGCGCUGGUUGAUAUCUGGCAGGCCAAUGCUACUGGUGUAUACAGCGGAAUCUCGGAAUCAGGCAACUAUGCUGCUGACGGCUGGGAUUCUACCUACCUGCGCGGUAUCCAACAGACGGAUCGCGACGGCGUGGCCACCUUUGAAAGCAUUUUCCCUGGCCACUACGAGGGCCGUGCGACACACACUCAUCUUCUCACCCACUUGAACGCCACCCUUCUGCCCAACAAGACGCUCGAGGUUGGCACCGGUAGCGUGGCACACAUUGGUCAACUCUUCUGGAAUGAGGUGCUCCGUUCCGCCGUGGAGGACACUUACCCCUACAACACCAACACCCAGAAUGUCACCUCGAACGCGGAGGACAUGUGGAGUAUCGAACAGGCCGACAGUGCCUAUGACCCCUUCCCGGAGUACCUCUACCUCGGAGAUGACCUUGACGAUGGCUUGUUCGCGUGGAUUCAGAUUGGAAUUAAUGCCACAGCUGACUUCACCGACAACUCAUACUACAGCAUCGCCGCGUAUUACGAUGAGAAUGGUGGCCAUGAGAAUGAAGAUAGCACGUUUGCCGGUGGAAGCGGUGGCGGUGGUGCUCCUAGUGGUUCCGCUCCCAGUGGUACCAUGUCAGGCGCCUCGCCUAGUGCCUCUGCGUGA